GGAGGCCGGCUGACGUCACUGCGAUGUAGCCAUCCAUUCCUCCUUUAAAAAGCUAGCCUCAGACUCCCAGCCCACAAGCAGCUCUGCUCCUCUCCCAUCACCUCCACUCCACGCACGGCCAAAUUCUUUCUCCCACCUCUCUCCUCGAUCGACCUCUCCCCCACCACUACCGCAGGAGGAGCUCAGCUCGUCAGCUAUAGCCUGCACGAGCUGCUGGUAGCUGCCGUGCCCCGCGCGCGCGUGCAUGCAGUGCAUGGCGCAGGAGGGCUCCGAGGCAUCCGUCGCCAGCUCGCCGCCGCCGCCCCCGCCGUCGGCCUCCUCGUCGACCACGUCCUCCGCGGCCGCGGCCUCCUGGUGGCGCGACAAUAUGCACCCGGCGGCCUACGGCGCCUGGCCGCCCCCGCCCGCGGCAGCGCGGUGGCCCCUGAUGGCGCCGGCGGCGGCGCCCGCGCAGCACCACGGCCGGACGACGUCCUCCGGCGGCGCCGACGACGACCUAUCGGCCUCCAACGCCACCAUGACGUCCUUCACCAACACCUCCACUACCAACCACUCCGGCCUCAGCAUGGACUCCUCCGUCCCCGGCGUCGAGGCCGCCGCCGCCGCCGCCGCCGCCGAGAGCCACCUCUGGAACCAAGUCCUCAUGGGCGCCGGCGGCGAGGUCGGGAGGAGCAUGCAGGCUGUGCACGACGCCCAUGACGACAGCGAGAACUUCCUCGAGCUGCUCAACUCGAGGACGCUCGCGCCGGAGCUCUUCGCCGAGCCGCCGGCCUGCGACUACCUCAAGAAGAUGGAGUACGGCAGCAGCCACGGCGGCGGCGGAUGGCCGGAACACCAGUUCACGGCAGCCGCGCUGGAGAAGCACCUGAGCUCCGGCUACGGCGCCGCGGUCGCGCACCACCACCACCACGCGGCGGCCGGCGCGCCGGAGCGGCUCACGGCGAACCUGUCCGACCUCGUGAGCAACUGGUCCAUCGCGCCGCCCAACCCGUGCCUCGGCGACGCGCGCCACCGUGCCGGCGCCGGCGCGGCAUGCGAUAACGCCGCGGUGGCCGCCUUGGGCCACGGCGCCAAGGCCGGCUUGUUCCUGGACUCGGGUGGCCUCUGCAAGCACGAGAUGGGCGGCCACGGCGCGAUGCUGCAGGAAGCAGGCGGGGGCAGCGGCGCCGGCGGCCAGGAGUUCCUCCGGCCCGCGGGGUACAGCUCCAUGCUCGGUCUCAGCAGCAGCAGGAUGUACGGUUCCGGCCCCGCCGUGGACGUGCCGUGGGGCAACGAUGCCGGCGCGGCGAGGAGCCUGUCGGACCUGAUUUCUUUCGGCGGAGCGCCGCUGGGAAAGCCGGAGCAGCCGGCGCCCACGGCACCGAAGGCGCAGGCGGAGUACAAGAAGCAAGGGCAGGAGAUCUCGUCGCCGGCGAAGACGAGUAGCGGCGGCGGCAGCAAGGGGAGCUCGGAGGGGAAGAAGAAGAGAUCGGAGGAGCAGCAGGGGUCGGAUGGGAACACCAAGAAGUCCAAGAAUGAGGCCUCCUCGCCCACGUCGUCUGUCAAGGCAUCGCCGGUGCCAAAAGUGAAGUUAGGAGACAAGAUCACUGCACUGCAACAGAUCGUUUCACCAUUUGGAAAGACUGAUACGGCGUCAGUUCUGUAUGAGGCGAUAAAUUACAUCAAGUGGCUACAUGAACAAGUGCAGUUGCUGAGUGAUCCAUACAUGAAGACAAGUAGUAGCAAGGACUACAAUGCAUGGGGAGGGUUGGAUAGGAAGGAGAAGUCAGAAGCAGAGAUGGACCUGCGAAGUAGAGGCCUAUGCUUGGUACCCGUCUCAUGCACGCCUCAAGUGUACAGGGAUAACAAUGGCCCGGACUACUGGACGCCCCCGUAUAGAAGCUGCUUAUACCGAUGAAUUGAUUAGUAACUAUUGUUAUUCGAUUGGUUACCUUAAUAAUUUGUGGUGAAUAUAUAUAUAUAUAUAUAUAUAUAUAUAUGUGUUAAAGAAGACAAAUCAUGAUUAGCUGCAUGAGUUAAUUUAAAUUAAAACCCUGAUGUACCUGGUUCUUAAUUAGAAGCUUCGUGACAUUAAUCGAUCUCAUCAGCAUUGAUAUUGAUGUAUUAAUUCUUUUGUACUCCAAGUGAGAGAGAUAUGUUAUCACCUUGGUAUGAUUCA